GCAACCGAGAGGAGCCGAGAGGAGCCGAAUGGGAACCGAGAUGAGCAGCUGCGGUGUCUACGACUUCACUCAACUGUUCGCGCACUGAUCUCCGCUCCGCACACGGCGCGCGCGUGUCCAACAUUUGGGAUCGCGGACCUCGGGCAGCCGUGGAUUGGAUUAGUCGGACGUCCCCCGCUGAUCGGCCUCAUUCUUUAGUUUUGUUGGUGUUUAGUGACGUUCCCGCAGGUACGCAUCUCCGUCCCGCACAGAAGUCUCCACUCCGAGCCCCGCAUUCAGCCCAUGAAAGCAGGAGAGGAGAGAAGACCGAAAGAAGUCAUCCGCUUCACCUGAACAAAUACGGGGCAAAAGAGGAUACACAUGGGGCAGGGAGAGGCUUCAGCGCGGGGGACAGCCAUGGAGGGGGACUGUCUCAGCUGCAUCAAGUACCUCAUGUUCGUCUUCAAUUUCCUCAUCUUUCUGGGAGGCUCUUUUCUCCUGGGAGUUGGAGUCUGGGUUCUGGUGGACCCCACGGGGUUCAGGGAAAUUGUGGCAGCCAACCCCCUGCUCUUCACCGGUGUCUACAUCAUCCUGGGCAUGGGGGGCAUGCUCUUCCUGCUGGGCUUCCUCGGCUGCUGCGGAGCCAUCCGCGAAAACAAGUGUCUGCUCCUCUUUUUCUUCAUGCUCAUCCUGCUCAUCUUCCUAGCGGAGCUGGCCGCCGCCAUCCUGGCCUUCUUGUUCCGGGAGCACCUGACCAGAGACUACUUCACCAAAGAGCUGAAGAGACAUUACCAGGGCUACAACAACAGUGACGUCUUCACCUCCACAUGGAAUGCCAUCAUGACUACGUUUGACUGCUGUGGGGUGAACAGCCCCGAGGAUUUCAAGGACAGCCUGUUCAAGAUAAUCAACCAAAAUCAUAUGGUGCCGGAAGCCUGCUGCCAGCGCACCAGUCAGGCCGAGGAGUUGGCCUAUAUCAACCAAGAGCAGUGCUUAUUAGGCAAUAUGAUGUUCCGCAAUAACAAGGGCUGCUACUCUGCUGUAGUGGACUACUUUGAACUGUACAUCUAUGUGGCUGGAGCGUUGGCCAUUGUGGUGCUGACCAUUGAGCUCUUUGCGAUGGUCUUCGCGAUGUGUCUCUUCAGGGGAAUCCAAUAGAACUGCUCCAGUGAACUGGACACUUGUAAAUUUGUUGAUCUCUUUUUCUAUUGGCUAAUUAGUAGGAAAAAAAAAAAACUCUUGUACUUCACAGCUGGACUUUUGAGGUACCGGGUGGCAAAACAAAUGCGUGCAACAAACAGACACAUAAACCAUAGAGCACAUGGGAGAUCAAAUACAAAACUGAUACAAUAAGAUUUGUGUGUAAAGUGGAAACAGUAAUUCUUUUGGACCAGGUCUAGCACAGACUGGGGGUAAAGUGGACCAGGCGAAGCCUGUGCAUGAGGACCAGGCGAAGCACUGCACUGACUUUUGGAUGAAGAAUAUUUAUAUUAAGUGACGUUGGCUUAACUGCAAAGAAAAAAUGUGUUUUAUGUACACUUUGGCUGUUACUCUUUAUCAGCUCAUACUGUAUACUGUAACACUCCCUCCAUACGCCUUUUUUAAUUAUUUUUUUUACAUCCACUCUUCUCUAAUGCUGUAUUGUAUAAGCUCUGUGUGUACGGUUGUGGGUGGGUGGGUGUGUACAUACUGGAUGCUCCUUUUUGAAUGUGUACACUAGUAACUAAUAACUAGUUUGCGAGCACGUGAGCUCGAGGCGCUUCAUGACCCCUCCCAAGCUUCAAAGCCAACCUCCUGAUUCUUUUUCUAUUCGUAUGGUGAUGUUUAUUGCAGUAGUGGUUAUAAUGUGGUUUUAGGUGGUGAUAUGUAUGUGUACGCAUUUGUAUUAGAUUAUUGAAAAGUCGAUGACAUAAAUGGCAUUCUAAAUAAC